ACCCUUCGUUGGGGGGAUGGGUGCUUCCCGAUGCUCGGAUCUCGUAUACCGGAGAGAGUGGAUCCGAGAUUGUGGAGACUUUCCCGGAAGACCGGGUUUUCCAUGCUCCGCUCCCUGAGGGAGUACAGGCGGUUCCGGCCCAUACGGCCAACGCGAUGGUGGGGGUGAUCAACCGGUUGAAGUCCGCGUUGGUUCGAGCCCGAUCUGCACUUUCUUGCAGGAGCCCCCACUCUACUCGGACAGGUGCUGGACGAGCCGGGGUCGACGACGCGGGUCCCUCGGGCGGGGGACACGGUCGUGAGAGAGAGAGGGCACGACACUCGCCCCUACGGCAUCGCCGUUCCGACGCGGGGGUGAGUUCUUCCGGGGAGAGGUCCGAGCCGGAGCGUAGGCGACGUUCCGUAUCGGUGGCCCGAGAGCCUAGCCCCGAGUUGCAGUCACAGCCUCAUUUUUGGGGUGAUUCUGGCUGGGGGCCCUCAUACCACGGGGAGUGGAGUGGAUGGACCGGCGAGGCUUGGAGACAUGGAGCCGAUGACGAGUCUUAGGCUUACCUCCUGUUUUGUACAUAUUCAUUCUUGUA